GCCUCCCCAAGAAUUGAAAGCUGGAGAGAAGCUGUAUAAAUGUCAACCUUACCUUCCACGUUCUCCAUGCCAAUAUUUACAUCCACGUCCCCCUCACUUGAAAAGACAGAAGUAGUGUGCAAAGUAACAGGGAAAGAUCGAGAUGGGGAGCGAAGGAGUCAUUCUGCCACGCCAUCUGGUGUUAGUUCCAUGUCCUUACCAAGGCCACAUCAACCCGAUGCUUCAGCUUGGCACCAUACUUCAUUCGAGGGGAUUUUCCAUCUCAAUAAUUCACACUCAGUUCAACGCUCCUUGUCCCAGGAACCACCCUGAUUUCAACUUCAUAGCCGUACCAGACGGCUUACCUGACCACCUGAUUUCUUCUGGUAAUAUACCGGCUAUCUUGUUAGCAGUCAACGCCAACUGCCACACGCCCUUGAAGGAUCGUGUGGCUCAAAUGAUGCAAUCUGAGAAGCCAAAUGGUAAGGUAAGCUGCAUAAUUUAUGAUGAAUACAUGUACCGUGCUGAAUCUGUGGCGUACUCUCUGAGAAUCCCAAGCAUCAUGCUGCGAACCAAUACCGUCUCCACCUUCCUCGCUCGUGAUUUUGUUCUGCGACUGAUUGACGAAGGCCAAAUCCCUCUGCAGGGUUCAAUAAUGGAGAAGCCAGUGCCGGAGCAUUACCCACUCAGAUACAAAGAUCUGCCCACAACCAUUUUCAAGUCACUGAACAACUUCGUUGAAGUGGUUAAAAAUAUCCGGCUCGUGGGUUCUAGUUCGGCAGUCGUCUGGAACACAUUAGACUGUCUGGAGAAUCCGCUUCUGGGGCAGGUGAAGCAGCAAUGCCGAGUUCCAAUCUUCACGGUGGGGCCGAUGCACAAAUCCGCUCCACAGCUCUCCACCAGCUUGCUAAAGGAGGACUACAGCUGCAUCCCAUGGCUGGACAAGCAGGCAGAGAACUCGGUGAUCUACGUGAGCUUGGGGAGCGUGGCCUGCAUUAGCGAGCACGAGUUAGCCGAGAUGGCAUGGGGACUAGCAAAGUGCAACCUGCCCUUCCUGUGGGUCGUCAGGCCCGGCCUGGUACGUGGGACUCGGAAUGUUCGACAGUCGCUGCUGCCUAACGGCUUCAGAGAAGGCGUCGGGGAAAGAGGGCGGAUCGUGGAAUGGGCGCCACAAGAGGAAGUGCUGGCACACAAGGCGGUAGCAGGGUUUUGGAGCCAUUGCGGGUGGAACUCUGCCGUGGAGAGUAUUGCUGAAGGGGUGCCCUUGAUUUGCAGGCCAAACUUCGCCGACCAGAAGGUGACUGCAAGGUAUGUGACCCAUGUAUGGAGGGUAGGCAUGCAGCUUGAGGAGGAACUGGAGAGGGACGCGGUGGCGGCCGCUGUGAGAAGGUUGAUGGUGGAGGAAGAAGGGUUAGAGAUGAGGGAAAGAGCAGUGGAGUUGAAGGGCAGAGUGGAGAUUGGGACCAGGAGAGGUGGCUCCUCGUUCAAGGAUCUGGAUAGGCUGAUAGAUAUGAUAAGGUCGUUCUAAUUUGUCUGUUCAUUUGUUUGUGCGCGUUGGCU